AUGCUUGUGAUUAAUCAGACUCGCCAUUUGUCGAGAUUACGACAGGCGCGGAGACUUCGUAUUCAACAAUGCGGACUACAUUAUGAUGGACGAAACCGGGUCUCUAACUUCUGGAUUCCCACGGGUGGUAUCUCUAAGAAGCCUGUUGAUGGACAGAAAGAGGAUGCCAACGAUCUAUUGAUCCGAGGUGGCUUUCUUCGCCAGGCAUACUCCGGAGUCUUCCAUCUGCUCCCACUAGGAUUGCGAGUACAGGACAAGCUGGAACGGCUUAUUGAUAAGCACAUGCGCUCAUUGGGUGCUUCAAAGGUCUCCUUGUCCUCAAUAUCUUCGCAGGAAUUAUGGGAAAAAUCCGGUCGCCUCAACGAGGGCUCUGAGGUAUUCCGCUUUAAUGAUAGAAAGGCCACCCGCUUCCUCCUGGCACCAACACACGAGGAAGAAAUUACCACACUUGUAGGUGGGCUCACUACAUCGUACAAGAAUCUGCCUCUGCGUGUUUAUCAAAUAACAAGAAAAUAUCGAGAUGAACCACGACCUCGUCAAGGUCUUCUACGUGGCCGAGAGUUUAUUAUGAAGGAUCUAUACACCUUCGAUUACAGUAUUCCUGAAGCAUUGAAAACCUACCAAGCUGUCAAACACGCAUACACGCAGCUGUUUGACGAACUCAAGAUUCCCUAUUUGGUCGCAGCAGCCGACUCAGGAAACAUGGGAGGUAACUUGAGCCACGAGUUCCACUUCAUUAGCUCGAAAGGUGAAGACCGCGUGGUGAGCUGCUCCCAUUGCGACCACGUCUACAACGAGGAACUGGCAGAUGGAAAAACACACCAUUUCGGUGAAUCCUCCCAGUCUAAUGCAACCCCAGGCUUCCAGACCGAGGAAAAAUUGGAUAAUUUUGCACCGCCAACUGUAUCCACUGGUAUGUGGAUGGCUUUCUCACACGAUGGCAACACACUUCUGCGUGGCUGGUACCCGAAGUUCUCCAUGCAGGAAGGAUUUACAGAGCCGGUUGAGCGUCAUGUCAAUUCACACGCAGUAAAAGCCAUUGCCACUGCAGCAGGAAUUGACCUCGAUCUCAGUGUAGAGAACCCAUUGGAGAAAUGGGUUGCUCGAGUCCAAUCCCGUUCAUCAGACCAAAAGCCGCGCGUGUUGGAUUUGUAUGACUCGCAAGUACGAGUCUACCAGCGUCCACCACUGAGCGAUCUCUUGGAAAAGGCAAACUGUACCUCUGCCGACAUCGAAUACUCCAUGUUGGAUCGGUUCCCAGAUACAACCAACAAACUCAGUCUCAUCCGUGUGCACGAUGGAGAUAAAUGCUCACAUUGUGCGGACGGACUACUCACCAGCAACCCAGCCGUUGAGCUCGGACACACAUUCCAUCUUGGCACACGGUAUAGUGAAGUUCUGCAAGCUUCAGUUUCGGUCAACUCGGCCUUGCUGGAGGGAGCAUCGCCUUCGGAUGUCAAGUCUAGCAAGGAGCAGAUUGUCCCGAUGCAAAUGGGCUGCCAUGGACUUGGCGUUUCUCGUAUGGUUUCCGCCGUGGCCAACCGACUGGUCGAUUCCAAGGGUCUUAACUGGCCUCGUGUGAUCGCACCAUAUGAAGUUGUUGUGGUCCCUGGAAAGGGAUUAGAUUCCGUCGCCGAACAGGUCUACGAUUGCCUUACAUCGGGGGCCUCGCCGUCUGUGGAUACGCUUCUUGACGAUCGUGAUAAGGGUAUGGGCUGGAAGCUGGGAGAUGCAGACUUGAUCGGAUAUCCGGUCAUAGUCGUCGUAGGCAAUGGCUGGAAGAAGGACCAGACUCUUGAGGUUCAGUGCCGCCGACUUGGCGUAAAGGAGGAUAUGCCACUGGAUCGAAUCCCUGAGUUUGUUGAGAGUCUGCUAUCUCAGUUGUAA